GAUGGGGUAGAAAAUACCCAUUUAUCAGAUAUGGGCUUCCAAUGGUCUCACUCACGGUGUUUGGGGCCAUUGGUCUUGGUCAUCUCUUACAAGGCAGGAUUAUGGCUCCGUCUCGUGCAUGAUAUGCGGCAACGGCUUGAGAUUUGCAACAACAGCUUGAGAUUUUUCAGUUUGCAACGGCUUGAGAUUUGCAACAGCUGGAGUUUGAUUUUCGGUGGCCUCAUUAUGAUCUUCUGCUUCGUAUGCUCCAAUAAGUGGCAUUGUGAAAUUUUUGGUUUAUAUCCUUUGUGUAUGGAUCUAAAGUACGCCCUGUUCAGUAAGGAUAUUGCAAAGGUGAAGGAUGAUCAAGAAUGGGAGAUCACUGAGACAAGAAAAGCACUGUCUAGAACAGGACCCAUAGAAGCAUAUAAACCAAGAAAAAUCUCAUUGGAGGAAGAGCUAAAGGCUUUGCAAGAGAAGGUGGACAUAAACAACUAUGAGUACAAGCGAAUUCCUAAACCAAAUGACGGAAAUUGAGGCAAGUCUUUGCUCUCUGCCUGCUGGAUAAUCUCAGCCUUCGGAUUUUCAAUUUUUGAUUUUGGUUAGUAGACACUACCUAUUUCCUGGAUUCACGGGUGAUCUCCUUCCCCACCCCCGUGGCUGUUCAAAAGUGUAUACAUUUUAUACUUCAAUAAAUUGCGCUUGCGGCUAUGAACGUGAAUUGGGUUGUAAGAUUCUUGAAGCGACGAAAGUUUUACUCAGUGUGCUCGUUAGUUCCUCUUUACAUCUUUUUUCUAAACCAAGAGGGAAUCGAAGAUGAAGAAUGGGAAAAGGAAGGAAAGGGGAGAGUAACACAUGAUGGAAAAAAUGUAACAAUGGAGGCUGCGGCCAGCUAACAAGGGACGGUAUGUGGAUGGAAUGUCUGUUGAGCACGUUAAUCGUCUAAGCAAAUUCUCGUAUGACUUCUGCAAUGAUGUUCGCGAGCAUGUACUGUAAAACUGUUUGGCAAAAAUCCAGGGGUGAUGUAAUGGUCCUAGAGUGAGCCAUAUAAACCGAUCGUCCCAGUCAAAAUUCUCCUUCACACUUUUGGAACUAUCGAAUUUGGGAAACUUCUCAUCGAUUUAUCCGAGAUGAUUUUGCGAAAAAUUCUUUGUUAAGGACCUGUAGUCACUCGAGAUUAGUCUAAACAACUGUUUGGCAGAAGGGUUGCACUUCUGGUGCAUUGUUUGAGGCCUGAAUUCGUCAGAUCGACAUAGGAAGGAGAUUUGUUUACUUUC